UACAUUUGUCCCUUUCUAUAAAUAUAUAUAUACAUUAGGAGAAGAAAAGUCGUAUACAUUCAUUCUUUUAUAGCCCAUUCAAGAAAGGUCCAGAGAGAGAAUUAAUGGCUGGUUUGCAAAGAUCUGAUGUGUCUUUCAGGAGGCAAGGUUCCUCUGGGCUUAUCUGGGAUGAUAGGUAUAUCUCCGGAGAGCUAAACCAAGUCAACCAAAAACAAGAACAUGAAGAACAGCCAAAGCGUGAUCAAAGGACAGAAAUCAAGCUAGAAAAUGAUGCCAGGCCAUCUUCAAGAUCAGCAACGACGCCCAACAUCACCAUUGAGAGAAGUCGAUCCAACGGUGGACAACGUGGCUACCGCACCGGCAGGGUGUCUCCGGCAAUAGAGCCUCCCUCUCCAAAGGUAUUUACAUGUGGGUUUUGUGGUGCUUUCGGGAAACCAGGGAAGAAUCAUCGGAAAAAAGCCGUUAUCGGUAGAUCUCGAUAGUUCUCGUAAUUCCCGAUGGACUAUUCCGGUCGAAAUGAGGUGUGGUUAUUUAUAGUACGGGUAUGUUCAUAUAUUUUCUAGGCUUGUAGAUUUCUUAAAACUUGUCGGCGUUCAUCUUAAUAAAGUGAGAUAUAGGACCUUCUUUAGAACAAAACCAAGCUAUGGAUUGCAUGUGUUCUUUUAAUUUAUUGUGGCCGACUAUAUAUGUUCUUUUACUCCAUAUAUAUGUCUAGUUUUAGGCAUGGUUUUGUGCUUGGGAGCUUCCAAUUAUGUUUAUAUGGUUUGGUGCUUGAGGAUUUCUAUUUUUCUAUACAAAAUCAAAAUUUAACCC